GCUGUCACUGUCAGUGCUGUGUGCUGUCACUGUCACUACUCUAGUGUCACGAUUUUUUAGCCCUGAAAUUGUCAGAUUAUCACAUGACAUUUUGAGAAAACUAAAUUAGUAAGUGAACACGAAUUUAGUUCAAAAUGCCUUUCUGUGGUCCCAAAUUGUCCCUCUGCGGCCUGAUUAUCAGUGCAUGGGGUAUCAUCCAGUUGGGUUUCAUGGGUGUAUUCUAUUACAUUGGGGCUGUGGCUUUAGCAGAAGAUAUUCCAGAGGUUGAGUUUAAGGGCGAUUUAGACAAAUUUUAUAGCGACGUCAACACGGGUUUCACACAGAAUGCUUACAACUGCUGGAUUGCUGCUCUCCUAUACCUGAUAACAUUAGCAGUAUCAGCUCACCAAUUCUGGGCCAACAACAGAUCAUCAUUGAACGUCUAAGAAUCUUUUAAUUUGCUUUUGUAUAUAUUUAUUUACAUUCCUUCUCCAGCUGUAGAUUUUAAAUGUAUAGACCCUCAAAUACUUCAGAGUACCAAUUUUUCUGUUAAACUUAGCGAACUCGUACACCAAAGCAAUAUCCAAACGCAACAUGAAACACUCAACAUCCCAUAAAUAUCAGAGGUUAUGUAUCCCUUGAACGCGCUUAAAACUACCUAGGAGUCCUCGAACUUUGUUCACCGACGCAAUGCGGAUAAGGAUCAUCCACCGAAAACCAGAUGCGACACUCAGUGCAUAUUAUCUUUCCACAGUGUAUGUUAUAUGCGAUUUCGAUAGGGUAUUGCUUUGGUGUACGAGUCCGCUUAGGUCAGUCAAUGUAGCAUGUUGUUGUUUUUAAAGUUUUCAUUGGUACUAAAACUUUUGUUCACCAACGUAGUAUUAUAAAAAUCAUAGUAAUAUUAAUAACGCUGCAAUGUUAUGAAUCUUACCAAAUUAUUUUAUGGUUCUGUUGUAUUAGUGAUUUGAAUUUAAAAAUUGUACACAUUUACUAUGAAAUAAAUUGAUUUAUUGUU